ACGUGUGCUCUCGGAGACUAUUACAAUAUCAGAGGGAAAAUGGAGGCUUUAGAGGACCGUCUAAAGGCAAUGGUGAAAAUCUUCAGGAGAGAGUGCCACAGGGUUUUGCAGUCUGAGAGGACCACCAUUCAUGGAGCUGAUGACAUGCUGAUGGUGCUGCAGCUGGCCAUGGCAGAAGUUAAUAAGCAGCACGGCGGAGAGUUCAAAGUGGCUCUGAGUGAUGUCCUGAUGGCCUGGAAACACUUACUGUUAGACAAACUUCACCUGCCACCCCCCAGCUUUGCACGCUUGGAGAACUAUGAUCUCAUCCUGGAGUUAUACGAAUCCUUCCUGAAGCGCUCCAACACCGUGGACCUGGUUGAUAUCCUCUCCAUGUACAAACAGCUGAGACUCGUGGACUCGGACCCAGAGGAGCCUGUGAGCCCGAUCCAGCUGUUCGAGUUCUUAUCAGGCAACAUGGAGGUCCCAGAGAUUCCAGACUCUUCAGUCGCGUCAACACCGUCUGGCAAAAAAAGGCCCUGCAGCUCACAGGUGAAAACGGCAGUGAGAAGGGUUUUCUGCUCCUAUCUGAAUUUGCUUGUGAACUCCAAGAACGACAUGGCCUUGGCGCUAACCCUGGACGUCCCCAGUCGCGCUCUUGGACGACAGGCAUUCACCGACAUAAAACAUGCUGCACGCAACAACAACACUUCUCUCUUCUUGGCUGUGACAUCUUUUGUGAGGGCCAUCCAGCUCGGAGGGAAGGGCUACGCUCCAGCUGAGUCCGACCCACUGAGGAAACAUGUCAAAGGCCUGUCUGACUUUGUCCAGUUUCUAGACAACCUGGAAGAAAUACUGGGGGAGAUUCCUGACCCAAGUGUGUGUGGAGCCAGGCUGGUGGCUGCCAUCAGGGCGGUGCUGGUGAAGGGACGUAGCAGUGGAGAUGCAGUGUACGCUGCAGCCGAAGAGACGACGAAGGAGCUGAAGGAGAGGAUCUGCCAACUCCACCACAUCCAGAAACAGACUGCUAACGCAAGCCGGACCGGGAUAAGCCCUGCCAGGCCAAGGGUGCACGCAGUCAAUCACGCCACCGCGUACGGCGGUCGGGACACUGUGAAGGUGCUGAUGGCUCUGCUGGAUGAGGAAGCGUCGACUCCUCCGUGUCAGAACAAGGCAGACCUGCUGUCCGAGGACCAGCCCGUCCUCAGCGAGGCAGAGGGGAGCUGCAUCCUCACGCUGUUCAGAUCCCCUGAAGUGUCUGCUGGAUGUUCUCCAGAACCUCUACGGAACCGAGUCCAAAGCCGGCUAGACCUGCUCAAACCCAAGGCCAAAGACAGAGUCAUUCGAUCCCAGUUUGCGUGCACAUACAAAGACGAAGAACUGCCCCUCAACCGUGUGCUGGAGUUCCCCAGCACCAGCCAGGUCCCAACCUGUGUGCACCCAGCACCCAAACCCAAGUACACCCCAGCUGUGGAUGAGGCGUGCGGCUCAGAUGUGGAGGAGACAACCCCAGCCUCUGAAUGUCCAAAUAAGGAGCAGAGCGGCGUGCGGCGGGGGGCUGCUCCCGGGCAAAGAAGUGGAAAUGCCCAAAACAGAGGUGCAGGCCCGGGUAAUAGAAAAAAGACUGCCAUUCAGACGCAGAGCUGCAAGAGGAAGCAGGUGGAUUCGAAUCAACAUGGAGGAUCAGAGAAUGAGCCUCCACAGAAGAAACAGCCCCGUAGCGUCUUGGUCAAAAUGCCUGGAAAGACUGUCAGCAAGGCCUCGAGUAAGAAGAAGCUGAUAGCCGGGCAGGGAAAGCUAACCAGCUUCUUCAGAGUCUAAUGAUCGUCAUGUUGGUACACUGGAUGGACUUUCUGCCAAACAGUGUUCAUACAAAGCCCGAGUGUUGUACAGCUGUUUCUUCUCACUGACAAAUCUUGCAUAGCAUGUGAACGUUCCAAUUAAGGCUGCAGCUAAUGAUUAUUUUCAGCCUCAGUUAAUCGGUUGACUGUUAUCUUAAUGAAUUUCUUGAAGAUAGUUUUGAGAAAUGUGCUCGUUUGCACACUUGCUGAGAGUUUGAUGAGAAGAUCAACGUCACUUUCAUGUCUGUGCACUAAAUACGAAGCCAGAGCUAGCUCAUAAGCUUAUUGUAGCAUAAAGGCUGGAAGCAGUGGAAAGCAGUUAGCAAGCUAACCCACUAACCCGCUAACAAGUUAAUUUUUAAAAACUUUGGUCAGAGUUGGCAAACCCCCAGCUCCCUUUCCUGUGCUAAACUAAGCUAACCAGCCACUAGCAGUAGCUUCUUUUGCCAUACAGAUUUGUUUUUGUAUGGAUUAAACUAAAAAGAUAUAAUGUGCAACAUGUUAAUGUUAGCAUUUAUAUGAAAGCAAUGCGGUGCUGUCCUAGCAUGACUUUUCCUAGCAUGAUUCUUACUUUUUUUACUCUGUGUUUUGUGUGGAUUAAACAAACAACAUACACGUGUUAACUAGUGAGCUUUAGAGGUUCUAGUAGGGGGAUUUUGUUCCCUUUUUAACCAGAGCCAGUAUAAGCGUUUCCCCCAAUUUCAAGUCUUUAUGCUAAUGUAAGCUAACUGCCUGGCGGCUAUACCUUAAUAUGUAGUGUACACACACAAGAGUGGUAUCAAUCUUCUCAUUUCACUUUCAGCAAUGUGGUGGCUAGGUAUAUUUUCCAAAAUGUCAAACUAUUUAACUACUUACAGUGGUCUCAAAAGAUGUUUUCAUUUGAGAGGCAGGAACCAGCAAAUGUAAACCGUGAACUGUGCUUAUCAAAAUUAUUGCUAAUUAAUGUUCUGUUAAUUAACAAAGGAUUCACACAGGUUUAAGAGGCAUUUUUACCCAUUUAGCAGUGUGGAAAAUGUAGGCGGCUGUAAUGUGAUUGGAUGAAUUUGAUGCAGAUCAUUGGGAUUUUGGACUUGGUCAGUAUGAGUUUUUAUCUAUUUUACCAGUAAUAUUCCACAAUGAAACCAACUCUGUAAAUAUGAUGCAGACUUUUCCUUUUUAAUAAAGUUUUAUUUUGUUUUA